UCGCGUGUGUCAAGCACUAGAGAAACAGUUGCUUGCUAAGGCCAUGUGGUUCUGUGCUAUAGUUAUAGCUUUAUCGCAUUUUGGAGCGUUUAGCUCCUAAUAGCUGAUACUCUUUGAACACUGUAACGUAUUAAGAUACAUCCAGUAGCACAUUAUUUUAAGUGGAAUAUAUCACAAAAAUAAUUAAACAGAAAAACCAUGGCUGCACCAGCGCAAGGCGAAGACAGUGACGAUGCAAUGGAUGAAUUUAUGGAGAAGUUUAAAACACAGAAAUACAAAAAUGCGUUUAACGAAAGCAACUGGGAGGAGGAAUUUGAUAAGGUGCCCAUGUUUAUGAAGACAGCACCAGAAAACAUAGACCCAGAGAAACACCCCGACCUCGCCUGCAUUCAGUCAAUCAUCCAUGAUGAUGACAGAACACCUGAAGAGAAAGCCAGAGGUCUGAAGGAUGAGGGGAAUGAUUAUUUUAAGGAGAAGAAUUAUAAGAAAGCUGUAGUGUCUUACACAGAAGGAUUGAAAAAGAACUGUACGGAUGUUGAACUCAAUGCAAUUCUGUACACCAACCGUGCAGCUGCACAUUUCUAUUUAGGAAAUAUGCGUUCGGCGUUGAAUGAUGCCACAGCUGCAAAGAAACUGAAGCCAGACCACAUUAAAGCCAUAAUCAGAGGUGCACAGUGCUCAAUGGAGCUGCGUAAUUACGCAGGAGCAUUGCAGUGGUGUGAUGAAGGUCUCAGGCUGCUUCCUACCGACAAGAAACUACAGGAGCUGAGAGCCACAGCGGACAAACAGAAGAGGGAAGCUGACAGAGAUGCCAGGAAGGCGAAGGUUAAAGCGAAGAAGCAACAGAAUGACAAAGAAGCAUUGUUAGCUGCCAUUAAGGAGCGUGGCAUUAAACUUCUGAAGACCGAGCCUUCUCAACAUAGGGGUUCGGACAGUGAGGAUGAUGAUGGAGGUGCGUCUAGAGCCCUGUCUGAUUUGGAGCUUGAUGGAAUUGGCUCUCAGGAGGCCACAGGAGCUCGUGUUUAUAUGGAUGAGCAGGGAGUCCUUCACUGGCCAGUGCUGUUCCUCUACCCUGAGCACAGCCAGACUGACUUUAUAUCAGCUUUCUGCGAGAACUCCAGCUUCAUAGACCAUUUGGCAGUUAUGUUUGGUGAAGAGCUUCCCCCCUGGGAUUCAGACAGAAAAUAUCAGCCACAAAAUCUACAGCUGUUUUUUGAGGAUCCUGAAAAAGGACACCUUUAUCAAGUUGAUCUUGAAAAGUCACUUCUUAACGUUCUUCAGCAUCAAAGGUGCUUGGUGAAGGCAGGGACGCCUAGUUUCAUUGUGCUGGUAUCAGGCUCUCCAUUUUCUAAGCAGUUUUUAUCAGGAAAAAAGGUCCAGAGAUUGAAAUGAUGUUCUGCUCAGAACUUAAAAGACUUUAAACGCCCUGGCUAUAAAUCAGCCCUCUGCUAUUAAGAACAUUUCUGCGCACCCCACCCCUUGAGAAAACUCUGGAGAUUAAAGCAGAACUUUGAAGUGGAUUUCUUUUGCGGCAACGUCAAUGAUUCACCUUAAAAGCAUGUAACAUCCCAACCCCCACCCAUUUUGGUGGGGGGGGGAAAUUUCUUUCAUGUGCAAUUUGAGAUAAAACAUUACAGGUGUAAAAUACAGAUAUAAAACUGAUUCUUUUUAGAUAUUUCGGUAUUUAACUCUGCCUUUUUUUUACCAUAUGCUACCAGUCAAAAGUUUUUGAACAGUAAGGUUUACAGAAGUCUCUUCUGCUCACCAAAUCUGCUUUUAUUUGAUCCAAGUUACAGCAAAAACAGUGAAAUUUUGAAAUAUUUUCAUUAUUUAAAAUAACCGUUUUUUUAUUUUAAAAUGUAAUUUAUUCCUGUCAUUUUAAAGCUUAAUUUUUAGCAUCAUUACUCCAGUCACAUGAUCCUUCAAUCAUUCUAAUAUUCUGAUUUGCUGCUCAAAACACAUUUGUUAGUAGAAUUUUUCAGGUUUCUUUGAAGUUCAGUAGAACAGCAAGGAUGCUUUAAGUAUAAAUCUUUUGUAACAUUAUAAAUGUCUUUAUGACGUUAAAUCAAUUUAAAGCAUCCUUGCUAAAAAGUAUUAAUUUCUAUAAUUAUAGAAUAUUUAUUAUACAAACAAUCUUUUUAUUUCAGAUAAAUGCUGAUCUUUGGAUCUUACUAUUCAUCAAAGAAUCCUGAAAAAAUGUACUCCGCUGUUUUAAAUACUGAUGAUAAUUUAAAAAAAAAUGUUUCUCAAACAGCAAAUCAGCAUAUUAGAAUGAUUUCUGAAGGGUCAUGUGACACUGAAGACUGGAGUAAUGAUUCUGAAAAUUUAGCUUUAAUCACAGAAAUAAAUUACAUUUUAAAAUGUAUUCAAGUAGUAAGCAGUAAUUUUAAACAGUAAAAUAUUUCACAAUAUUACUGUUUUUGUUGUAUUUUGGAUAAAACAAAUGAAAAAAAUCUUUUUAAUGGUAGUGUAGCUCAUGUUGUUCCUUCAGUAGAACACACAAGAAAAUAUUGGAGCCCUUUGCCUUCCUUUUGUAUUGACAGAAAACAAUGGGACAUUUCUUAUAAUAUCUUUUAUGCUCCACAAAAGACUAUAAGGCAUACAGUUUUGUAACAUAAUGAGGGGUGAAUA